AUGGCGCAAACGAACGGAGCCAUCGACUCGGCCAACCCGCAUCGCGAACGCGCCGUCGACAGCGCCAAAGUGUGGACAACACUCAUCACCAACACCGCCUACCUCUCCGGCCUGCUCACCCUCGACUACUCCCUCAAACUCGUCGGCUCCAAAUACCCCCUCGUCGCCCUGUACACCGACAGCUUUCCCGCCGAGGGCCUGGCGGCGCUGAAGAGCCGCAACAUCCCGCACAAACACAUUCCCUACCUGCUGCCGAAAGCGCACAAAGACUUCACCAAUGAUCCGCGCUUCUACGACUGCUGGUCGAAGCUUACGCCGUUUAGUUUGGUAGAAUAUGAGCGCGUCGUGCAGCUCGACAGCGACAUGCUCGUGCUGCAGAACAUGGACGAGCUGAUGGACAUACCGCUCGACGCCGCUUCCGCAGCGGGCAAAGGCGAGCGCGUCUUCGCCGCCAGCCACGCAUGUCUCUGCAACCCGCUCAGCAAACCGCACUAUCCCCGCGACUGGAUCCCGCAAAACUGCGCCUUCACCCACCAACACGACACCCCCGAGCGCGCGCAGACAGAGGGCAUGCCGGCGGACUUCGGCAUCACGAUGCCCAACGGCGGGCUGCAGGUCGUCAUCCCCUGCGCAGCGACGUACGAGCUUAUCCUCGCUGCGUUGGAAGAGGAGAAGACGUCCGCGUACGACUUUUCCGACCAGAGUCUGCUGGGAGAUGUCUUUCACGGGCGCUGGGUGGCGCUGCCGUAUGUCUACAAUGCGCUGAAGACGCUGCGGUGGGAGGGGGUGCAUGCGGAGAUUUGGCGGGAUGCGAGGGUGAAGAACGUGCAUUAUAUUUUGUCGCCGAAGCCGUGGGAUGAGACGGAGGAGGAUAUGAAGAAGCCUGGGCGUGAUGGGAGUAAUGAGUGGUGGUGGACUGCACAGCGAAAGCGGACGAAGGACGAGACGGCGAGGGGGAUUGAUGAUGGGUUUUGA